UCAGCUGUGUCCAAUCACAGCUGAUCAUUGAUGAUCAGUGUGCCCUGAUGAUCAGUGUAGCCCCAGCAGUGCCCACCUGUCAGUGUCCAUUAGUACCAGUGGCCAUCAGUGCCACAUAUCAGUACACACCAGUGCACAUCAAUGCCACAUAUCAGUGCCCAUCUGAGCUGCCUUUUAGUGUCUCCCAUCAAUGCCAAUCAGUGCCACCUAUCAGUGCUGCCAAUCAGUGCCGCCUAUCAGUGCGCAUCAGUGCCGCCUAUCAGUGCUGCCUUUCAGUGCCAAUCAGUGAUGCCUGUCAAUACACAUCAGUGCCACCU